AUAAGUUAUCCAUACAUAAAAUGAUAAUUUUGUCAAUAUUAUCAUUAUUAACAUUCGAUUUAGUAAUUGGAAGUGAUCUAGAUGCGAAUCACUUUUUCAAAGGGCUCUAUGAAACUUCGGGAUUUCAUUGCUAUAGUAGAGAUUCUAUGAGAUUGCCACGCCACCUCCACGGAAGACCUCAAACCACGGAUCCUCCCUUUGAUCUUUCGGUUUUCGACGCUUCCGGCAAACGAGUGGAAAGCUAUGAGAUUGGAAAAGUUUACACAGUAAAACUGGAAGCCUACGUGCACUUCCGUGGACUGAUGCUUCAGCCAAGGCUCUGCACGCAGUCUGGAGCCAUCAUCGGAUCUUUGAGAGGAGGAAAAUUCAUCGAGGAUGAGCAAUUUGAGACUCACGGAUUGAUGUUCCAUCAGUGUGGUCGACUUGUCACCAACGACUCCCUCACACAUACCGGUGAUGAUAAGAAGUUUUUAGCAGAGGCAAAAUGGCAGGCAACACGGGACGUUGGCAAUGUUCAAUUUGUAGCCACUAUUGCCACUGAAAACGUAGUCUACUGGGAAAAAUGGCGUCCGAGACAUGCGUUUUUGAAGGGACCAUAUCAGAAGUACUCCACGCAAAAUCCUAACAUAUUCAUUUACAAUUUGGAGAAGGACAUCGAACAACGGACCUCGGAGAAAGUGGUCACGUCGGAGCCAGUGCUUCCCUCUCAGCAUCCGCUUUUCGAGGAGCAAAGGGAGAUUUUGAAGGCGAAAAUGGUUACACCUUUGCCGGUUACUGUAGCUUCGUUAGCCGAGACCUCGGAAAAUUCAGACGAUGUUUUCGAUUUUGAUGGGCUCACAUUUGAAUCUCCAGCUACAGCAAAUAAGAUUCAAGUCACCGCAGCCAGCAUGAUGAUGGGAGAUAAGGCAGGUUCAACAAGAGCACCAGAAAUUUCGCAUUCCUCAAAGUUCCUUAUCGAAAAACCAUCGGAAUCCACGUUCAUGAUGGGUAGAAUGUUCAAAAAAUUUGCGCCACUUAAUGAUACAGUGCUUCAAGAGGAUGAUCUGAAGUUCCUGAACUCACAUGUCCACCAUCGUAUGCUUCAGCACGACUUUGUAGAUAAUAAUGACUUGGAAAUGGAAGAAAAGUGUCAAGAUAAUCCAUGCCAAAACGGGGGCCGUUGCUCCAUGAGCAAGGGAAAAUCCACAUGUCAAUGCAAUCCCGGAUACGUCGGAGCCAACUGCACUGAAAUCGACAAGUGUCUCGACAACGAGUGUGACAACAAUUCCACGUGUUUUAAUGACAAGCGAUCACCAGUCGGUUACUCAUGCAAGUGUCAAAAUGGAACGGUGGGAAAGUUGUGUGAAAUCGAGUGUCCGAAAGAUCAAUGUGAGAACGGUGGACAGUGCUAUCUGAACACCUUUGGCAAAAUUGGAUGCAAGUGCGUACCUGGAACCACUGGAAGGAGAUGUGAACGAGAAAUCAACGAGUGUGGAUGGAAUUCAUGCAAGAACGGCGCCAAAUGCGUCGACCUUUUCAACGACUACCGCUGCGAUUGUGCCGACGGAUGGAUGGGCAGAAAUUGUGAACGUCCCUGCCAAGAUAUCUACGGAUCAUGCAGGGUGUGGAAACGGGAAGGCCAAUGCCAAGAGAUGAGGAAUGCCACAGACUUUUUUGAUUUAAAUUGCGCAGCGUCUUGUGGGGUUUGUGUAAAGGUUGAUAAUGGAACAGAUGAAUCCUACCUCCCACUACAGCCUAUUCUGAUGCCAUUCGCAUUUUUGCUCGGUGAAUGGGAGUCGACGAUCAAGGGAUGGAAUAAUCACACAACCGACUACCCGGCAGACAUGGAUGGAAUGAUUUACAACGAGACAAUCACGUUUUCGGUUGCUCCAUCAUUGAGUUUCGGGACUCCGUUCGUCAAUUACACAGCCACAAUGACUAGCCUUGACGAUCCAUCCAACAUCCAUCAAUACAACGGAUUCCUCACCAUACAACAAUACAAAGACAACGAGAACUCUACCGAUCGCGGAGCCCUCACCACAGUCAGUAACACCGGGCUCAUUAUGAUCGAAGAGGGAGAUAUUCUGGACGAGAAAUCCUCAUCCGAAGGUGCUCCAACAUUAAUGCUGACUCCAACUUAUCAAUUCUACAAGUCGGAGACAAAGAAUCCUGCGCGGCAUCCGGAACGGUCGAAGAGAUGGUUCACGGUGAAGAAUAAGAGGUUGAUGCAGUAUAUGGUCCGGGAGUUUAAAGGAAGAACUCACAAGUUCACGAAAAUAUAUAAAAAGAAGACCGAGUUCAAGUACUUGUAGUUGUAAACUAAAUUAUUUAAAUUAUUUUACGAUUUCCAUUUUCCAUUUUCUAUUUUCCAUUUUCAAAACUUCAAAAUGUGCCAAAUAUCUAGUCAUCUCCACUUCAACUUUUCAUUAUCCUACAACACUUUAUUUAGUGCAAUAAUAAGAGCUAGUUCCUUUCCUUCUUAAUAAACUUGAUGAUAUGUAGAGCUUGUAUCAAUCUGAAUCAG